AUGCUUCUAACCGAUAGCAUCUUCAUCCUUCUUAUAUUCUCUCAAAAAACGUCUUCUCAGCCAUUUAUUCCCUUCGGAACGACUGUAACUCAAGUUCAAAUACGUUUCCAAUGUAUCCCGACGUUUUUCAGAGUUUACUUUUCGGAAAGCUAGACACCACCUCUGUAUCAAAGCACAUUUCACCCCAAUGUGCCUCCGAAACGGGAAUGUUCUCGAGUUCUCUGAGAAGCUCCUCGCAGAUUAUGGAAGUUUGCAGGGAAAACUGUUUGGAGAAACUCAAAGAGCAUAUGUGGGCUCUGAAACGUAAAGAGAAUGAGAUACUCGGAUGAAAAAUCCAAGUUUCAGAGCUUGAUGCUUUCGGAAAGAUUCCAGCUGGGAUAUCCCAAUGGUUGACGACAUCGGAAGGAAGUUAUGCGACUUGCAAUGAGGUGGAUGGGCAAAAGUAUGAAACUAACUAUUGCUAUUUGAUGAUGGUUCCCGGAAAGGUAUGAAUACUUAUUUCCCAACUUCUAAACUGUUGCUCAGAAUUCUACGUGUCCUCCAGACGAGAUCUCAGAUCCAUUACAAAUAAAAUUGAAGCUGGCAACAUGUAUACCAUUAAGUUGUACUUCUCAAGACGUUUCUUUCAUAUUUAACGCUCUAUCUCCGUUCCCAUUGACCGCUUGUCGUACUUAUUGCGUCAAAAAAACGCCAUCGGAGCAGAAACUCGGAUUCUGGUCCGUGAUCCUCGCGUUUUUCGUGACUUCUUUCAUCACUCUAUAUCUUCUGGCCAAUUACAUCGUCGAUCGUCAUCUCUUCACGGCUCACCUUCGUUUUAUCCGCUGCUUCUCAAUUCACAUCAACUUGACAUUCAUCUUUGAGAGAACCAAACAAAUUCGUGGUGUUCAUUUGAAAGGACUCUCGUUUAUCAAGUUUUGGUCGGCGGUCUGGGUGAUCGUGGUACAUUCCUACCCUCAUUAUGCACUUGGCGAAAGUGUGAAAAAGUUGCUGGACGCGAGACUUUACUAUUGGAAUCAUCUUGUGUUCGACGCAGCUUAUGCGAUCGAGACGUUCGUUUUGAUGUCUAGCACUUUGUUGAGCUUCAACUUGUUCAAGGUACACAAGCGGGGAGUUGCACCUGAUCCCUGAUGAAUGUUUCCAGAACCCCAAUCCCUCCAUCUUAAUCCAUAAUACGUAUUUUUGGCCUAAAGCGAUUUUGCGUCGGUAUUUCCGUCUGAUGAUUCCAGUCAUUCCUUGGCUCCUUGUGAUUACUAUCACGACGCCAUUCAUCAGAGGACCGAACUUGGCUUCAAUGUUCAGUUGGGAAUUUUCUUCCGAAAAAAACUUUAAAAAACCAGUAGAAUUGCAGACAAUUUCGAGGUGCAAGCUCAAAAAUGUAGCUCAAACUGGUGGAUGAACAUCCUGAUGAUUCAUAACUUCUUCAAACCUACAGAAAUAGUUUAAAAAAGAACACUAAAAUCUUGAGCGCAAUAACUGAGUUUUAGUGUUACCCUCCGUCUUGGUACAUUUCUUCGGAUUUCCAACUUUUUCUACUGGCCCCACUUGUUCUGAUUCCUCUAAUCAAGUCGCAGAGAAAAGGCAAGCUUUCCUCCUCAUCUUUUAUAUUUUCUUCAAUUUCAGCGCUCAAAAUCAUACUGCUCCUCCUCAUUAUCAGCGUCAUUUUCACAUUCAUCACAUUUUGGUACCACGAUCUUCCGCCUGUUUCGUAUUCGAAUGUAAAUGUGGAGCCGUACCUAAACUACUACCAUCAGCAAGCGUUCGCACGAAUUCCGACAUUCCUUAUCGGAAUACUGUUAGGAAGAACGUUAGCGAUCGAAAAAACACCGUUAGAAAUGUUGAGAAGAAAUUCUGGCAAAUGUUGGAUUGCCUAUGGCUUCUUGUUCUUCUUGUGCUUUUAUGGAAAGCUGAUGGUCACUGUGGAGUUUGGUGGCGAAGAAGUGACGUAAGAUGGAUCACACUCGUACUCAUUCAGAAUCAGGUGCCACCUGAACGUGUUGCAGACCGAUCCUCGGCGCCGCUCACGACAUGCUGCACAAGUUGAUGUGGAACUUGAGCGUCGCCUGGAUCAUUUACGCGUGUCAACAUGAUCUCGGAUUCUAUGUGACUACUUUCAUCAACAACUCUUUUUGGCAACCAUUCGGCAAAAUCAGCUAUUGCAUCUAUAUCGUUCAUUGGUGGGUCAUGUAUACUGUGCUCAACUUGUCGGAUAAGCCGUUGCGUUUUGUGUCUGUCAUGCAGAUGGUAAGAUAUUGUUUGGUGAACGGGCAAAUGAAAAGUGUUGUCGGUUGCUUACAGUUCUGUGAAAUAAGCAUUCCCACUUUAGCACUCAGCUUGCCUCUUGCACUCGUUUGGAGCGUUCUUUUUGAGGUGCCACUGCGAAGGUUCAGUUUCUUCUUAGCAUUACGUUGAGGCAGUAAAACUGUUUCAGAAUUCGCGAUUUGUUUGAUGAGCGAAAUGGAUGCGGAAAACAAGUAAAACAUUAA